AAAAAAAAAUUAUACUAGGUAUAAGAAAUGAAAAUAGUAUUUUAUUUUUUAGAUCUUUAAUUUUAAGUUAUUGUAAUGAGAUAUGAUCAACUUUGAACUUAUAAUAAUUGUACAUAGUUUUUAAUUUAAGUGCAAUGAUGAUGAAUAAAACGUUUUGAUAUUUAAACUAAUAUAAAAAAAAAAGUUUACUCUAAUUAUUAGUUAGGAGUAAAUUUUAUGAUUUGUACUACCUCCCAAAAUUAAUAAAUAAAUAUCAUAAAGUGGAUGAAAAAAAUUUGAGUGGAUCAUAGAAAAAUUUGCUUUUGGGGAACAAGUGAGCCUCCAAAAGUCCCGUAAGAUGUCGCAUGAUAGGAAAAUUUUCUCCCUAGAAGAAACUCAUUUUAAAAAUUUUAAAUUCUAUAGAAAAUUUUCGUUCAGCUAUCAUUUUAAAACAAAGCUAGACGAGUUUACUACAUUUCAAAAUGUUCGAAGUUAUUUGUAACGACCGUUUGGGGAAGAAAGUCCGGGUUAAAUGUAAUCCGGACGAUACGGUCGGAGAUUUAAAAAAGCUAAUUGCUGCACAAACGGGUACACACUGGGAGAAAAUUGUUUUGAAAAAGUGGUACAAUAUUUUUAAAGACCACAUUACUCUCAGAGACUACGAAAUUCAUGAUGGCAUGAAUAUAGAGUUAUAUUACCAGUAACAGUUUAAUAACUAUCAUGAUUUUCUUUAUGAGGAUCUAGUAUAUUAAACUGAUUUUUGUGACUGGCAAAAUUGCCAAGAGGUGCCCUGGCAUUUUGCAGUAUUGCCAGGUGCAUCUCACCAAAU